AUGAAAAACUGUGCUGUUCUAUUAGUAUUCUGUUUUGGUAUGAUCGCAAUAUGCCAGGUGUAUGCAGAAAUUUUAGAUUUGGGUAAAACGCCCAAAUGGUACCCCCGCGAUGGCCCCGAAAUUGAGGCCGAGUGCAUGGAAGAUCAUUCAACAAGUGCAGCUACCAUUGCUGAAAUUAAAAAGUUCGAAAUAAAAAAUACUCCCGAAGUGCGUGCAUAUCUUUUGUGUUUCCUUACGGAGACCAAUGUCUAUCGCCCAGCCAAGGGACCAGAAAUCAAACGCAUUGCAUGGUCCCUGAAGGAAAGUUUCAAUUUGAAUAAAUGUGAUUUGGAUAUGAUACGCGACUGUGUGGAAGAACACCAGUCGGAUGAGCUAAAAGAUUAUGCCUAUUUCAAGAUCAUCAAGUGUGCCUAUGAGAAGGCCCCCGCAAGAUGUUUGCAGAAAAUUGAAAAAUAG